AUGGGAAAUAUAACCAAGAGGAGAAGCCCGGUGCCUGACAGUGCCGAGUCACUGGAGGACAGCCCAGCCAUAACGCUGCACACUAAGCUUUAUGAGGCCAUUAUCAAAGAAGACUGCACUGCCAUCAAGGCACUCCUCAGAAAUCACACAGUUGACCAGCCUUUGACCAUUCCAUCCAACCACAUCUGCUACACAUUACGCUGGCGCCAGCAAACACGUUCCAUCAUCCCCAUCCAUCUGGCUGUCAAAUACCACAAUGCCAAAAGUCUGCUUUGUUUGUUAGAACAUGGGGCUGACCCCGAAGUACGGGACACACGAGGCCUCACCACUCUCGAGUUGAUGAUACUGCACUGGCCAAUCACUUCUACCACAUGGACAAAAACUGGUAACAGAAUCCAAAGGAUCCUGACAGACCAGGAUAAUGCUGAAACAUGUCUUCGCAUCUUGUGUGAAUAUGGAGCUCAAGUUAAUGUCCAGGCAGACAACAAUGACAAAGUUUCUCCCCUCCACUUGGCCAUUUCAUAUGGGACCCAUCCAGUUCUUUCCAUAUUGGUCCAAAAUGGUGCACAGGUCAAUGCUAUCAAUGAAGCCAGCAUGACACCCCUUCACAUGGCUGCAGAUAUACUGAGUAAGGACAUGACAGAAACACUUAUUGCGCAUGGUGCAAAUGUUAACUGUGCUGUUUUGUCCACGGGGAACACGGCCCUGAUGCUGGCAGUGUGCACUGCAUCAAGCAAGGCAGGCCGCCUACUAGAGGCAGGGCUGAGCUGCAUCCAUUUGUUGCUAAUACAUGGAGCCAAAGUCAAUGCUCAGAAUUGUGAAGGUCUAACAGCUCUCCAUAAGGCAUGUGUUGGAGGCAGAGAGGCAAUAAUCAAUCUCUUGCUGGAAUUUGAGGCAAACGUUAACAUUUUAACAAGAAAUGGAGAAUCUCCGAUUUAUAUGUACCUUCAGCGUAGUUCCAACCUCAGAGACAAGACUCUUUUUGCUAGGCUACUCUGUCGCACUUACCCUUUGAGACUGACAAAUAAGCAAGGAAUUCUACCUAUAGGAAUCAUGCCACAAGAAUUCCACUCCUUAAGGCAAGCCCUAAUAAACUUAUCGCAAAAACCUUUACCCCUAGAGGAGAUCUGUAAAAAAAUCAUCAGAAAUCUUUGUAGAGAGAAACACAAACAUCACCUGAAGCAAUUUCUUCCAAUAAAGAUAUGGAACUCAAUAUACUGCUAUUAUGACUUAGCUUACCUCCUCAAGUAA